AUGCUAAAAGAGGAGCCCACGGAAAAUACCCCUGAAGGCUGCAGGAACAUCAACCCUCUAGUUCUGGGUCUGUCCAUUUUCACGGUGACCAGACAAUGUGAAGUCAACCUGGGAGUGACCGGCUGGGCCCAGCUGUGUCUGCUGGUGUCCUCUGAGGCCGCGAUGGACCAGAACAACCUGGACGCGUUGUCCGGGUCCUUCCACAGUGCGCAACAUACUGUGCUGGGUCUGAUGAACUGUUGCGUUCAGAACUUGGUGUCGGAGCUGGUCCUGCUCGUUCCUCUGCUCUUUGGGCUCAGGCAGCCAGGAGCCGACGCAAUGAAAGUGGGUCCAACCGUUGAGGAAGAGAACUGGUCAGGACUGAGCGGUGUCAAUUUCACCCGCUUCAGAGAGCGUAUCGAGUCCCUGUCUGAUAAAAGAAAGAAGAUGCUGAGUUUGGUCCAGUCUCACCUGUCGCGGGCGAAAGCCUCGCCUCUGGUUCUGAUGGGCUGGUUAGCCCUGCUUGCCUUUGAGGAUCUCCCUGGGUUUUCAGAGCUGACAGGAAUAGGAGCAGAACAUCUGAUCCAGAGUCUGCUGUACAGACUCAGAGCACGCGGAGAGUCACGGAAUUCAACCCAACACCAGGAGGAUGUCAAGGAAGCCUUGAGCCAUUUACUGGAGCAGGUGCACAAAGAGAGCGACAGCAUGAUUGAGUCUGGGAGCAUCAAAGCCGCCUUCAUGAGCAGCCUCAGUGUGUUGGAGAGCACGUGCAGAGGUGUGCGACUGGUCCAGUGCUACCAGCCGGCGGUUCUGUCCUACCAGCUGGUGCUGAGACUGGCUGAGACGUUCCAUGCCUCACUGAUGAAGCAGCUCAGUGAGGACGGCUGCGAGAGCUCAAAGCAGCAGCUCCUGGCGUCGCUGCAGGCCGUGCAGCAGGCCGUCAGCGGGUGGAGGGACCACCUGCUGCAGAAGCCUCUUCUGACGGCCUGGUCCCUCAGCUACCCAAAGGAAGUCCAGAUGUGGGAUGCGCUGAUCAAGGUGAAAUGCUCUGUUGGGGAGUUUUCCUCUGGCUGGAAGCUGUGCAUCAAGAAAGAUCUGCAGGAAAGGAUUUCCAAGUUGUCUGCGGAGGACAGAGUGUUGGUCUGCUGCCUUGAGUCCCCGUUGGCGGCCAUUAGAGGAAGCCAUGAGGUGGUACAGGCGUGUUUCCAUGACCUGUGUCAGGCGGCAGUGCGCUCCAUAUGCCAGAGACGACUGGAGGGGGACCUGAUGCGGCGCCUCAGCUCCAAGGUCAGACCCAUCCCUGAUGUCGUCCUGUCUGCUGUUGUGGUGGAGUCAGCUGCUCGAUUCGCUGACGAGUCUGUGGUCCAGCUGCUCCAUCCACAGUCUGCCGUGAACCACCUACUGUCUGAGUGUGAGUGGAGGUCGGUCCGGGUGGAUGACUCCGCAGGGCAGGUGGUCCAGCGCUGCGUGGUUGCAGUCCAGUCUCUGGUGGAGUCUCUCCUUCAAGGACACGUACUCGUGGGACAACUGCAGGACUGCCUGAAAUACAAAGAGCAGUUCAGCAGACUUCAUCAGCAGUACAAGAAAAAUACCAAAUCUGAGACGGUUCCUGUAGACGGAGAUGCGCUUCUGGCUCAGAGAGAGAAGGAUCUGAACACCUUCCUGCUGCGUAAACAGCAGAUUGAGACUCUGAUGAAGAUGAUUGCAAAGGUUGCAGAAAGCUUCACAGUUCCUGAGAUGUCAACUAUGGAGCAGCAGCACAAACUAGACCUGCAGACUGUGAGACUGAACCAACUGGUUCUGGUUCAGCCCUUUGAUGCUAAGGGGGAGUUGAAGACGACGGGGCCUCCCCAGGUUCUUUGGUUCAACGCCAGCAUGAACGUCUUGAAAAUGGCCAAUGAAAUGCACAGACUGCACCACAGCAACCUGAUUCUGUCCUGGUGGGUCAAGAGAGCAGCAUCACUGACUUCAGCAGGGCAGCCAGUGACACUGAAGCAGAUCUAUGACCACAUGUGGGAUUCGUUGAUGACCGAAUUCUUUGAGCUCGGUGUCAGCAUUGCAAAAGCAAACAUCACUUUAAAGCAGCUUGAUGAUGUUUUGGAGGAGGCUGGUGACCCAGGCGAUGGGCAGCUAAUGGAAAAGGAGCUGAGUCUGAUGUCAGAGAUGUUCUUGGAGAAAGGAAGGUUCAAACCAGAGGAGAACUGGGUGGAGCUGAGGCUCCGUCAGAUCCAGGAGUAUCAGCAGCUCUAUAAGGCGGCCGCCGCAGCCCGCGUGAUUCUGAAAAUCAGUGACAAAAUGAAACUUACUGGGAGCUUUCGAGAAAUAGAGACACUCCGCCAACUGGAGGAUGCGUCCUUCAAAGACAGGAGCCUGCGUUCUCUGAGUGAUGACCUGUUUCAUGCCAAGCAGCUCAUGUCCUCCAUCACCAAGCAGCAAACUGCCUGUCUGGAACAGUUCCUCAAGAGCCAACCUCUGGUCAACUGGGUCCAAGCCAACCUCAAAAAUAUGAGCGAUGUGAAGGUCUACGUCGAACUGGCUUCUAUAUCAGCCGGCGAGAACGACAAGGAGAUCGACCAGGUGGCCUGUUUCCACGACGCUGUCAUGGGCUACGCCCCCCUGCUGUACUCCCUCGCCCCCGGAGUCGGCUUCGAGGGCUUCAUGAAGUGUGCUGGGCAGGUGUGGGACACGCUGAGCAGAGACGAGAAGCUGCCAGAUAAACUGCGAGACUCUACCACGCUGCUGAGCUGGCUGAGAGCACUGAAGGAGACCCACGGCUCUGUGGAGCAGUCCUCCCUGUCGCUGGCUGCCUCCCUUAAUGCUCACGGGGUUUAUCACAUAGGAUGGUCUGAUAAAAACAUAGAGAAGCGAUGUCUGCGAAACAUGGUGCAGGUCACAGUGAAAAGAGGCAAAGAGGAGAAAAGCUACAGGCUGGAAGAGCUGCUGGAGCUACAGAACAAACUCAUGCUCAUGUCGUCCAAAGGGGAGCACGGCAGAGAGCAGGUCACCCGCUUCACAGAGGUUUUUGAAGGAAUCCAGAGAGUUGCCACCGUUCUUCUCCACAUGCAAACAUCUGGCAACAUGCUGUUCAGAGCCUGGAAGGCGGAGGUCCAGUGCUGUCCACAGCAGCAGCCCAGCAUCCAGGUCACCUUCUUGUCCCUGAGGGGGAAGGCGAUGCUGUACCACGGAGAGGUGGCAGAGCAACUGCGGAGCCUGGCCCACUCCAUGGAGAGCUGCCAGAGCAAGUGGCGUUCCUUCAUCAGUCACAUGCGCUCCAAGUUCAGUUUGCUGAACCUCUACACGUCAGAGCAGAUGGUGUCUCUGUGCCACUGGAUACACAAGGUCUGUCACGACCAGGCAUCUGUUCCUCAACAGUUAUGGCAUUUACUUUUUCCUGUAAAGCCGCUCUGCAGUCUGGCCGACAUCAGAGCCGCAUUCAAUAAGGCAAAUGUGGCAGUAAAGCAAGAUGAAGAGGAAGAUAUAGAGUCUGAUGAUGAAGAUAAACAUGGAAAUGGUUCAGUGGAUACGAUGGCAGAUUCCAUGGAAGAGGUUCAUGAUCUGAUGGAGUUUUCCUCUGAGGAUGAAGGAAGUGAUGCCUUGAAGGUUUAUGACACGAGGAAAUGUAACAACGACACUCUUGAAACCCUCUGGAGACAGUUUAAGAAAGACAUGCCACACUACUUAACGGAGUGCUUGGACAUCUGCACUUUGGCCCAUUUCCUCUCAUGCCUCUCUGACAUGAACCAGCAGCACAUGAUCAGGAACCUCCCACCAGUCCUUCAGAAAGGAAAACCAAAUCUGGUCCUUUGUCCUGCAGCAGAGGUUUUUACCACCGUUUUGUCCUUCUACAUGAAAAGUCCAGAGCAGCCUUUGCCAUCUGUUGAUGAGGUUCUAGUUUGCAGAGAGGAGACCUCAGAGGAGGAGGUAGAGAUCUUUCUCCGCCGAGCUCUGGCUCCGAGCCAGAACUGUCAGAAAAUCUACUCUCUGGUCAGUCCAGGUCUGCUGGGAUAUGAUGUCAGUGUGGCCUUGGGGGACACCUUCGAGGUCCUGGAGAGAAGUGCCAACCCGCACUAUCGCCUGGUCAUAGUCAGUCCACUUGUGCACCAGCAUAGAUACGUGCCCUCUUUCUUCAGCAGUGACAAAGUGCAGGUCGGUGAGAACCUGACAGCAGAGACUGCCAGGAAAUAUCUACAUCACCACUUCACUCAACACACACUCUCACCUGACCACGUGACACUGGUGUCUCCAGCUCAGCUCUCAGUCUGGAUGGUGUCGUCCAUGCGCCCUGCGGUCGGUAAAUCUCUUUAUGUGGAUCGUCUGUUUAAGAAGUUCCAACAGAAAUGUCCCAGAGCCAAACACAUUAGGAUUAAACUGAUUGAGCCAAGCAUUGAUGUGGACUCUUUGGUUACGAAGCUGUUGGAGAAACUUGCACCUUUGAGAGAGCAGGACCCAGUUCUGCUGCACAUCGACACUGCUGGAGUUCGUACAGGUCUGGAGGAGCUCUUGUUUCAUUUGGUAGUGUUGGGCUGUGUGAGUGACAGUCACGGCCUGUUGUGGAGAAGAAAUGCAGCACAUGUGAUCACAGUUGAGCUGCUAAAAAUAAAAACUACUUCUCAGGCAAAAGAGACGGGGCUUGGACUGCUUGACAUCCUCCCUACCAUCCACUGUAGGUCUCCAAAGGAGGUAAAUGAGCUAAUAUGCCAUCAAGGGAUGUCAACAAAACAGACCCUUGAUCCACUCAUGGAUGAGCAAGAGUUUUGCAGUGAGGCCAUACAAAGACCCUAUCAAUAUUUAAAACGCUAUAGAAAUGGAGACAAUCUGGAUCGUUUUAAGUACGAGGAAGGCUCCCGAAUGGGGGAUCCCAUGGACUGUGUCAGUCAUUUCCUUUCAUACUGUGGAAUGCAAGAUCCGACCUGGGCUGAAUUGAAGAACUUUUCCUGGUUUCUCAAUGUGCAGCUGAAGGACUGUGAAAACUGGAUUUUCUGCGAUCCAGAUUUUCUGGCCGACCAGUUGCCUGGAUUUAAAGGAUUCAUUGUAAAGUUCAUGAUUCUAAUGGCAAAAGAUUUUGCCUCACCAUCUCUAAACACAUCGGAUCAAAGCCCUGUGCUUCACGUUGAAAGCAGUUCAGAGAAUGACCUUCUGGCCUGUCUGACCAUACGUAAGCAUUGGGAAAACGAGUCUCAUCCAUAUCUUUUCUUUAAUCACGAUCGAUUCUCAAUGUGCUUCCUUGGUUUCAAUGUGAAGACAGAUGGUCGAAACAUCCUCAAUGCAGUUGACCCUCACAGCAGCAGAAUCCUUAUAAGAAAUGUUAUGUCACAAGAACUUUAUGAAGGGUUGGUACGACAGAGAAUCUCUCUGACUGAGGACUUUAAUCAUCUGCCACGGGCUGACAAAAUCAAAAAGAUUGCAUGUGUGGUUGGUGCAUUUGACGGAAUGGAGGGAAGAGGAUUUGAUCCGGACCCCACAUAUGAGAUCACUGCUGACAAUGUGAUGAAGAUGUUAGCAAUACACAUGAGAUUCCGGUGUGGCAUUCCUGUCGUCAUCAUGGGAGAGACUGGCUGUGGGAAAACCAGAUUAGUCCGUUUCCUCUGUGCUCUGCAGAGGCAGGGAAGACCAAUAGAGAACAUGGUGCUUGUUAAAGUGCAUGGUGGAACUACAGCUGAAAUGAUAUACAGAAAGGUGAGGGAGGCAGCGAUCCUUGCUGAAAACAACCGCACAAUGCACAACCUCGACACUAUUUUGUUCCUAGACGAAGCCAACACCUCAGAGGCCAUUUUUGCAAUCAAGGAAAUCAUGUGUGACCAGUCAGUCAAAGGAGAACCUUUAAAAGCAGACAGCGGCUUGAAGAUAAUAGCUGCUUGCAAUCCUUACAGGAAGCACUCAGCUGAGAUGGUUGAGCGCUUGGAACGCGCAGGACUGGGAUACAGAGUGAAGGCCGAUGACACAGAAGACCGUUUGGGCAGGGUACCGCUGAGGCAGCUGGUGUACAGGGUUCACCCUCUGCCUCCGAGCAUGGCUUCCUUGGUCUGGGAUUUUGGCCAGCUGAGUGACUCAACUGAACUUUCCUACAUUAAACAGAUUGUCCAGAAAAAAAUUUCUGACCAGUGUCUGCAUUGGAUUUGCAGAGACAUCAUUUCAGAUGUGCUGGCAGCCUCCCAGAAAUAUAUGCGAAGGCGGAAAGAUGAAUGUAGUUUUGUGAGUCUCAGAGAUGUAGAAAGGUCUCUGAAGGUGCUGGUUUGGUUUUACCAGCAUAGUGAGAUUUUUUUUACCAACUGCCUUUCGCUCAGUGAAGCUCACAAAACACUGAAGUGCUUGAUUCUUGCAGUUGGAGUCUGCUACUACCCAUCUCUGGUUGCCAAAGAGGACUACCUCCGUGUCAUUUGUGAGUAUUUUCCAGAACCACUGGACUCUCCAAAAGCACUGCAGGAAGAGAUUUCAUCCUGUCAAGACUUCUUCCUUCGUAACAUACAGACAAGAGAGACCAUAGCCAAAAAUGUUGCCCUCAAAGAGAACGUGUUUCUCAUGGUGGUUUGCAUUGAGCUCAGAAUCCCCCUCUUUCUGGUAGGCAAGCCCGGAAGCUCUAAGUCACUUGCUAAGACGGUGGUUGCUGAUGCCAUGCAAGGCCAGAACUCCCACUGUGACCUAUUCAAGCAUCUGAAACAAGUUCACAUGGUCUCAUUCCAGUGUAGCCCUCACUCAAGUCCUGAUGGCAUCAUAGGGACAUUCAGGAACUGUGCCAGAUUUCAGAAGGACAAAAACAUGGAUGAGUAUGUGUCAGUGGUGGUACUUGAUGAGAUUGGACUGGCAGAGGAUUCUCCUCAGAUGCCCCUGAAAACCCUUCAUCCCCUCUUGGAGGAUGGUUGCAUUGACAAUGAAAAGCCAGACCCACACAUGAAGGUUGGUUUUGUUGGUAUCUCCAACUGGGCCCUUGACCCAGCAAAGAUGAACAGGGGAAUAUUUGUCUCCAGAUGGGAUCCAAGUGAGAACGAACUUGUGGAAACUGCUAAUGGUAUUUGUUCAUCCUCCAACCAAAUUCUCCUGAAAAUUAAACACCUCUUCCCCUCUUUGGCAAAGGCCUUCCUGAGCAUCUGUAAUAAGACCUCAACAAAUCAGUUUUUUGGUCUAAGGGAUUAUUACAGCCUGGUCAAAAUGCUCUUUGCUGUAGUCAGAUCCACACAACAGGAACCAGAUGCUGGACAGUUGGUAGAAGCCAUACUGCGUAACUUCAGUGGGCAGCCAGAAGGUUUUGAUCCUAUCGAAUCAUUCCAAGAAGUUUUUCAAAACCUUACAGACAUUCCCAGACCAAAUACAUUGCAAAUGGUGAAGAAGAACCUUGAUCCUGACAGCAGUCAGGAAAGCCGUUACCUCCUUUUGCUGACCACAAACAAUGCAGCCCUCCAUAUACUUCAGCAACAAAUGUUUUCCAAUGGAGACUCCACACCUGAAAUAGUCUUUGGCUCAGGAUUCCCAAAGGAUCAGGAAUAUGCCCAAAUUUGCCGUAAUGUCAACCGGGUAAAGACCUGUAUGGAGACUGGGCACACUGUCAUCCUCCUCAACAUGCAAAAUCUCUACGAAAGCCUGUAUGAUGCCUUGAACCAGUACUACGUUUACCUGAGCCAGCAACAGUAUGUGGAUCUAGGUCUUGGCUCCCACAGAGUCAAAUGUCGUGUGCAUGCAAAGUUCAGGCUGGUGGUAGUGGAGGACCAGAAGAAGGUCUAUGAGCGCUUUCCUGUGCCGCUCAUCAACAGGCUUGAAAAGCAUAGAGUGGACAGGAGUACUGACCUGGAACCCUGGCAGCUCAGGGUUCUUCACAAGCUGAGAGACUGGGUGAAGGAAUUCUCAGGGAAGACCAUAGAGGAUUUCAAGCUGUCUGAUAUUUUCAUUGGCUUCCAUGGUGAUGCCUGUGCCAGUGCUCUGUUGCAAGCUCUGGAAAGGAGAGCAGACAGAUUAGGAGAAAAUCUAAAAAGACAUCAACCGGAAAGUGAUCUUGCCCCAGUGGAAGACGACCAAGGGCCAAAUCAAACACUUGAGUUUGUUUCUAAUGAACAAAAAGAAGUCCCCAACCAGGAAGUAGUAGACAUGGAAAUAGAUAACAACAAGGAAGAAAUCAUAUCAGUGGAAAAGACUGAUGGCAAAAUCACUGAGGUUUUUGAUAGUGAAAACAAUCAGAUCUCUGAAAAAGAAGAGAUGAUGGAAACAGAAAACAGUGUCGGGUCCAAUGAAGAAAACAAGGAGGAAAAAGUCUUCAAUUCAGCCAAAGCUCUCUUGCUAAACUGUGCCACUCCCGAUGCUGUACUGAGGCUGAAGUAUUCAGAUUUGUCCAACCAGGAGAAGGAGACACUCCAGAGAACAUACUUCCAACACCAGCAUCACCACUCACUCAGGGACUUCCUGGAAGACUUUGUGAGCGGCCAUGAGGCUUCCAGCAGGUUUCUAGAGAUAACCACCUUCUCCAGCUUGUUGACCCGAGCAGAUGUCAAGGUUGUGGCCCAUGCUCUGGGACUGCAUACAGACCAGACCCUCCUGCUCUCACUCCAUCAGUUUGACACUCAGGUCUCUUUUUACAACAAGAUACGGAGCUUCCUCCAAAAUGCUGGGCACUCUCUUCACUCUCUCCUGUUAAUCCAGAUGGACCUUGAGGAAUCAGACUGCAGUGAUGAGCUCAUAGCUUCAGCAAAAUAUUGCACCAUGAAUUACUUGAUGUCACUGGUGGAUCAGACCUGUUGUGUGAUCUUCAUUGUGAAAGCUUCUAGGAUCUCGAGUCAGUCUCAAUACAUUGGUUUCCAGGGAGGUGUCUGGCACUCGGUUCACAUCGAUGACCUGAAGGAUUCAGAGGACAUGAGUCUGAACCUGUACGGCUUCUGUGGAACGCUGAUCAGCAGCUUACUCAACCCUGCAGCCUCAGAGAAUGAUGAACAUCAUGAACCUGCUAAGACGGAUAGAGCCCAUCUUCACAGCCUGUCCCUAGUGAAGUCCUGCAUCCAAAAAGCUGUGGGUUUGCUGAGGGACCCCGAUGGGCUGACGCCACGAAGCCUGCAUCGAGUGCACAUCCUUCUGGCUCUUCUGCGAACGACUCAAAACCACACAAGAGGUGACUUUCAGAAGGUGUUGCUGAGCCGAUUGGCCGAGGUCUUGGCACAGAGAGAGGGAAGGAUGGGCUCUCCCAAAGAGUGGGUGAGCAUAGAAGCCAGGAAGCGCCAGGCUCUGCAGGAGGGCGGGACUCUGAGACACACCUUAUGGCGCUGUCUUCAGUCCACCGUGACGCCGCUCUUAGCCAGCAUGUUGGAGGUGAUGGACCGGUACGCUAACAUGGACCUGCUCUGUGAUGAAAGGCUCAGCCCAGGGCUGAAAAGGUUGUGGUUGGACAUUUUGGCAGAUUCACAGAUUUUAGACCUAACACCUCCCCAGAAGUCAAGUGAGUCAGACCAGGAAGUGCUGGUGCAGCACUACUUCCUGUUGGACGGAGAACAACAGGGCUGCGCUGCCCCGUUCAGCUGGCUCGUCAAACUGCAUCUCGAAAAGCUGUGGGAGCAAUCAGAGUUCAUGCCAACCACCAAAGAGGAUGGCUCAACCAGGAUCCUUCAGUUUGUGAGCGCCUUCAACCACAGCAGGCUGGGCAGUCAUCUGCAGAAGCUCUCAGCCAGGGAGCAGUUGGAGUACGGACACCUCUACCUGCCAGACUUCCUGCUGCUUUCGCUGAAGAUCGAGUCAAAGGACGAGCUGAGGGUGUUCACCAGAGCCGUGCUGGGAUGCGUCUCUGAGCUCCAGGCGUCCAUGGGCGUUCGUCCUGACCUCUCUCCUGCCUGGAUAGUGGCUGCCGCCAAGCAUUUUGUCCCUCGACUGGACACCCUUAGCCACAUAUUGGUGCUGCAGGCCGACCUGGCAACCACAGUUUGUCAGCAGGGUUCAAAGAGGGAGCCUCAAGAAAUGGUUGAGGACAUUUUAGCUCUUGGUGUCUGUGUUGAGGAAACCCAACUUCUGGCUGUGAAUGGUCUCAAAGAGUGUGAGAGCUUUGUGAGCAGGGUGGAGCUUCUGCAGCCGUGUCUGGACAGAGCGCGUGGACAGCGGUACGACGCGCUCUGCAGCGCCGCCUGCCUGCAGCAGCUGGACUCCAUCAGGUCCAUGUGGAGUGGGAUGCUGGUGGUGGCGUCGUUCGUCCAACACGUCCUUUUAAAAGUCCAACACAAUGAGAGGUUGAUGGAACUGUUUCUCAAACACUGCAACCUUCAUCGGAGCCUGAUGCAGGAGUCACCUGAUCUGAGGAGCGUGGAGACGCUGCAGCAGCUGAUCCGCAUCCUCAACUCUUUCCAUGACGAGUGUAUUAGCAGGGACCUUAGGUUUGGGAUUCUCUGUGCGGUUUGCCUGUUCGAGCUCAAAGAGCCGUGCGCCCUGCCCUGCCAGCACGUCUUCUGUCUCUCCUGCCUCCAGCGCUGCAUCCAGACAAGGCGUUCAUGCCCCAGAUGCAGAACAGACCUGCUGCCGGACUUCCAGCCAGCAGUCAGUCGCACCAUCGAGGCAGCACUAGAACAACAGGGAGCCAUCAGGUCCUGCUGUAACGCCUUCUUCCUGGAGGUGGUGUCCAGGUUCUGUUUGUCCGAAGGGCAGAAGCCCAGAGAGGAAGUGGUGGAGCUUCUCUUCUCGUUGGUCGUCUCUGCUAAUGGGGAUGUGUACCGGACCAGGGAGCUCACUCCCUUCCUGCAGUGUGUGGACAACAGUCCCGUGGUGAGAUCAGUGCUGCCGAAGCUGCUGCUGCAAUACAGCUUUGACCAGGCAAAGGCUCACAUUCAGACCUACCUCAAGAACCUGGAGGAGAAUCUUCUGGACCCAGAGGACCUUACUGAACUCUACCUGCUGUUUGUCAGCUGCUUCCAGGACUGUCUGCUUGGCACAGAAGUGAAAGAAGGACAGAGAGCUGAAGUCCAAAGACAAGCAGAAAUCAGCUUUCUGAGCCGGACAGCCAGAAAACACAGUCCGGACAGACAAGAAGAACCAGCAGAGUUCCUGCUCAGCACAGCCCAGCUGAGGAUCUGCCUGAGCAGAGGUGCCCAGCUGCUCAACGCCACGGCCCGAGGCACAAGUGGAGGUGAGUCGGUGGAGCAGUACCUGCGUCAGGUGAGAGCCGUGUGUGAGUACGGUGGGAAUGACUGGUACCGGGUUUACCUGCUGCGAGCCCUCCACCGAUGCUCCAGUAUGGACUUGGUUCUGUCGCUGGCGAACAGUCCAGCCUGCAGAUGGGUUUUCCCUGCAGAGCUGCUUCGGUUGCAGAGGAUGGUUUCGACCACUGUGGACACGUUCCUGUGCUGCGGCACCUCCUACCGAGCGACGAGAGACGCUCUGUGCCAGGUUCUGUCUGAAAAUGGAUGCGACAGCUUCGUGGCUCAUCUGCAGACGCUGAGAGGUAGUCACACCAGCCUGGUGGCCCUGGCUCUGUUCAGACACAUCACCUGCCGCUACAGGUCCCCUGACGCCAACAUGCAUCCCUCCCCGCAGGAGAUAAGUAAACUGGAAAACAUCCUAACGCACGUCAGACCGACGGAGUUCAGGGAGUUCUGCUCUUCGCUUCUGGCCAAUCAGAUUGGUGGACUGGGCUCACGCCUCCACAUCAGCACCAACCUCCCUGCUCAGAGGCAGACCCUCCUGGAGCUGCUGGUCCAUCUGGGCUCUGUGCUUCUCAGUGGGAGCUCUCUGCUGGUUUGUCUGCACCCGAUCGCCUCCCAGCCCCAGAACGUCACAAACUUUCUUCCAACAAUGCCGGACGAUCACACGAGUGAAGUCAGACAGUGGUUGGCUGGAGAGAGAGCACUGAUGUACCACUGUGCCAAUGGGCAUCCAUGCAUUGUUGGAGAGUGUGGUAAACCAAUGGAAACCUCAACAUGUCCAGAGUGUGGCAUUAAAAUUGGUGGAAACAACCAUAGAUCAGUUCCGGGCUUCACUCCGCGAGCAGUCUACAGUGAUCAGACGCGAACCGGACACAUUCUGGGGGGGGCUACUCAGAGGGCCGAGGCCCCUGAGAGGCAGCUGACGAUGGCUCAGUCCUGCAUCCUGAGGCUGCUGACGCAUCUCACCCUGCUCCAAGGCGCGAUAAGAGAUCAGGAAGGAGUUGGUGGCAUGAUUCACCCAAGGCCGCUCGACAUCUUUAGCUUCCUGUGGAACCAUCUUGAAAAGGACAUGAGUGUGCUGGGUGACACGUUGGAUCAGAACAUGGACAACACGGCGGUUACUGUUCAUCUGGUUCUGAACGCCAGCACAAAUCAGACUUCAGGCCCCCGCGGUGCAGCUCCCGAUCUGUCCUCCAGACACGGACGGCUGCAGUGGGAGAAGCUCGUCUGUGCUUCUGCCAUCGACCCAGUGCUUCACGAUUUAAAGAGGAACCUGUGUGAAGCUCAGGCCAGGAUCAGCAGCGAUCAUGGACUUGCUGGAAGCCCCCUGAGGAGUGUUCUCUUUGGGGAUCCUGGGAAGAUGCUGUCCCUCCCCUGCAAUAGAUCCACCGAUCGCUCCUCCUUCUGGACUCUCCCUGAGAUCAUGACAGUGGAGCGAUUCUCUCAUUUGGUGGGAGAGUCCAAGGGACACGACUCGUUCCCUCUGCUCAUGAUAUUCCUUAAGAAGAUUCAUUGUGUGAGACAGUUACCUCACCUCCCUGAGCUGGUGGCUCUACAGUCAGACCUGCUGAGGGCGUUUCCUCGUGCAACAGCAUCAGCCUGUCAGACGAUUGCUCAGAUGUUGCAGCAGAUACAGGAAGGAUGUCAGAAGAAGAUGCUGCUCGAGAGAGUGGAGAGAUUCAUCAAAGUGUGGAACAGCCUCAGAGCAGAGAUGGCAAACAACUCAGCAGAGCUGGGUGUGGAUGUGAAACUGUGUGAGAAGGAGGUGACAGCCGAGAGCACUGGAGAGUUCCUCACACCGAACCGACACGGACCCGGGUCGUGCCUCCAAACUCUGCUGCGCUUUCUGUUGGAGACCCACAACAGCCUGGUGCGAGCAGCCAGGAGCGUGAGCCACCGGGAGGACAGUGAUCACAGCGUUCUGUUGGAGCGCGUCUCAGAAACCCAGCUGACGCUGUGCCACCCGGAGAGAGAGCUGCUCCCUUUGGUUUUGGCAAACUGCCACUACACCCUGAAGAAGGGCGGCGAGACGGACACCAGCUAUGACCUGUCCGGGAUCCAAACGCAGCUAUGCCGCUGCUUCCUGGCUGGAAAACCCCUCAUCCAGGAGGACACGUCGAGGUUCCUCACCACACACUCGCAGGAUUUCUCUGUGGUUCUGUCUGAGGUCAGGGGAAAGAUCUGUCAGGAACCGCUGAAGGGCUCAGUGAGCAGCGCCAUGAGAACCGUGCUGCGCUCAUACGCAGACGUUUGCGAUGCCGUGUUUGUGGUGGAGAUCGGCCUCCGCUUUCUUGGAAAGACGGGUGGGGAUCCUCAGGCUCCGCUCCUGUCUUUCCUCGCUGAUUCUCUGCAGAUGGGGCCGCAGGUUUCCAGCACUGUGGCCAAGAGUCUUGGCGAAAGCAAACUGCUGCACAGCGUUUUCACCUGGCAACUACUGACUUGUUGGAAAUCUGAGCUAAUGCUAAACAGAAAGCAGGAUCCUUUUCAGGAACUACCAUCUAAGUUCCAGCAGAAGCUGUCGGAGGAGGACAGGAAGAGGCUGAAGGUUUUCCUCGCUGCCACAGACACUGAGAGCUUUUGUUUAGAGCUACAUGAAAUUCUGCUGCUGAAGACGUGCAAUGCAGAUGAGAGCUACCAACCACACUGGGACAUCAGGUCCACCGUGGAGGUCCAUUUGGAGCAGAAGGGCCUCCCACCUCUGCUGGAGCUCGAGUCACUGCCGGAGGAGAUCACACUGGGACAAGGCGCUGAUGUGUGGAGGGCCACCGUGGCAUUUAAAAGGCGAUAGUAGUAGUAAGCUGUUUUAAAAGUGAAUGACUGUCAUUCAUUUAAACUAAUAUCAUGUUUUAUUAUACAUGCAUGGAUUAUUACACAUGUAUAAAAGAACACUGGCCUGCUUAAAAAUAUUAAACUGACUGGAGAGUCCACCACUGUGGGACUAUUAAAGGUUUUCUUAUUCUUAUUUUUAACCAAAAUGACCAUGAAGUGUUUCAGAAUCACCAUAAACAGACACAUAAUGACCAUGGGGACAUACAAAAUGAUUUUGAUGAUAGAAAAUGAGCACAAAACGAAUGUUAUUAUUUUUGAACGUAUUUAGCCUGAGUGCCCAGCAAUUAAAGAGUGGGCUUCUGUUUACUUAGAAAGUGUCAGCUAUUACUCAUGAUAAUUAACAGCCAGAUGAUUGAAGAUUUGUCUUUUAAAUGUUUGAGAUUAGAACGGUCUUAAUUAUUAAAUGUUCAGCAGUACUUUAUUGACUUUGUUAUCUUCAACCUGUCUAUAAUGUAUCAAAAAAUAAUUUAAUAAAGCCACUGGGAAUUUAAGGUU